CGGAGCCACCCGCCCCCUAGCCUCGCUCCCUCUGCCGCCUGGCUCUUUAUUUUUAACCCGGUAGCUCGGUUCAGCUCGGCUCCCGUGGCAAAAGCGGAGCCUGGUGGAAGGGGACGAGGCAGAUUUCCAGCCGCGAGGAAGAGGAGGAGGAGGAAGAAGGUUGGGCUAGCAGCAGCAGCAGCAGCAGCCAGGUUGCCGCAUGCCCGAAGCGGCCGCCACCAGCUGGACUGCAAACGCUCGCCUCCUCUUCCCCGCUUCGCCCCGCCGCUGCCGGCCAGCAAGGAGGCAGACGGCGGCCUCUGGCUUCUCCCGGGCCGCCCCCUGGAACGAUCCGUUAGUCAGAGCCCAGCCUCCCUGCUGCUGCAGCGGCGGCGGCGGCGGCGGGAGCGACGGGGACGCAGCUUGCCUUUGCAAAUGGCCAGCCCCGCUUUAGAUCUGGCGGAGGAGUCGGGCCAGCCUCUGCAAGACGUCUCCCAGCCUGAGCCAGCUUUGGCCGAAGCUCAGCAGUGGAUCGAGCAAGUAACGGGAAGAAGCUUUGGUGACAAAGAUUUUCGGGCAGGUUUAGAAAAUGGUGUUCUCCUGUGUGAGUUGCUGAAUUCGAUAAAGCCUGGAUUGAUUAGAAAGAUCAAUAGACUGCCAACUCCCAUUGCAGGACUGGACAACAUUGCUUUGUUCUUAAAAGGCUGCAAAGAACUGGGUCUGAAAGAAUCGCAGCUUUUUGACCCAAGUGACCUUCAGGAUAUCUCAAGUAGAUCAACAGGAAAGAACCAUGACUUCAGCAGGAAGCUGAAAAAUGUUUUAGUCACUAUCUAUUGGCUGGGGAAGACAGCAAACAGCAGCACUCAUUACAGUGGAGCAACACUGAACCUGAAAGAGUUUGAAGGAUUGCUAACUCAGAUGAAAAAGGACACUGAGGAUGUUGAGAGUCCAAAGCGUAGCAUCCGUGACAGUGGCUAUGUAGACUGUUGGGAUUCAGAGCGCAGUGACUCCCUUUCUCCUCCUCGCCAUGGUAGAGAUGAUUCUUUCGACAGUCUGGAUUCCUUUGGCUCCCGCUCCCAGCAGACUCCGUCUCCAGAUGUUGUAUUGAGAGGAAGCAGUGAUGGGAGAGGAAGUGAUUCUGAAUCUGACUUGCCGCAUCGAAAGUUGCCAGAUGUGAAGAAAGACGAUAUGUCUGCAAGGCGGAUAUCCUACGGUGAACCUAAAACAGUUGUGCCUUUUAACCAAUACCUCCCCAAUAAGAGUAACCAGACUGCCUAUAUUCCAGCUCCUCUCAGGAAGAAGAAAGCAGAACGAGAGGAGUACAGGAAGAGCUGGAGCACUGCUACGUCUCCACUAGGAGGAGAGAGACCUUUCAGCAAAAGCUACCCUGAAACUAUAGAAGAAGAGCAAGGUGAGGCACUAGUGUGUUCUGAAGAGCAGUCCUCAGGGUGCAGAGUUGCCACUACAACCCUCCCUGCGAAGCCUGUUCAGAUAGACGUGACUCAAAGGGAUUCUUUACAUCUGUCUCCUACACAUUCUGCAAGGAAAACAGCAAGGCCCAGAAAUAAUGACAAAGAGCCUGAAGAACUCAGAAAGCUAAGAAAGCUUGAACAGGCUGGUAUUAAGAUCAUGCCAGCUGCACAGCGCUAUGGCAGCAGUCAAAAGCACACAUGUGAAAUGAAUGAGCUUACUCCAGACAUCAUCCUUCGCAAAGAGAACCCCUUUAUGUCGUGCUAUCAGCGAAAAGAUUCUGGCUCGGACGGUGAACAAGACAACAGUGUUCCUGACCUAGAGAAAGAUGAUUUUGCUAUACGCAGAGCAAAGCUAAACCAACCUAAACUUACAUUGCCAUUUAACCAGUUCAUGCUUGGAUCCUAUAUAAGCAAAGAUGGAGGUAAAGGGGAAGAAGGGAAGAAACACAUGAAAGAACAGGAAUGCUCAAGUGGAAAGAAGGUUCACAUGACUUCAGCAAAGGGAAUGUCAUUAUGUGAAGAGGAACUCUUCCCGCAAUCUCAAGAGGACGGAUCUGAGAAGAAAAAAGAAGCAGCAGUUUGUAACAUUCAAAGAGAUGAUCUGGCUAAACGAAACGUUCAGAUUUGCCCCUCCCAACUAGACUUGUCAAUGUUUGUGAAAACUUCUAUAACACAAGCUGAUAAGGAAAUAUGGGACCGGCUGAAAGUUUCAGGGAUGUCCAGUGAUGAGGAGCUCAUGGACGUUCCAGGUUCAUUUCUCUCCUCCGAAAAGGCAUUGGAACCUGCUGGCCAUAAUGAUGGUGUUGCUAGCCACAAUGUACAAAUACCCAAGAAAGCUACGAACCCCAAGCAGAGGUUUGUGCACUUUGGACCAGUGAUAGAAAUUGACCAUAAAACAUGGGAGACACUUUCAGUUGCUAGGGCUGUGACUCAAGAUGAAGAGCAAGAGGCAUCCAGUAGGAAAAGUGCUGAGGCUUGUGUGACCUCUCAUGAAGCCUCACCUUCCAUUUCUGUGAGUGAUGAUGACAAGUCUGUUGAUCACACUGAUGAAGUCCACAGGCUGCAUGAUAAUCCCAGAGAAAUAAUACUGUCCAAUGUGGAUGUGUAUAAUUCAUCAGCUUUAGAUGCUUGUGCUGAUUCUCAGAAGCAAAAACUAAGUUUUUUUAAUGAAUGGCAUGAAAGCAGUGAAGAAGAGUUGGACGAGAAUUUGCCAGACAUUGAGAGAGAUGACAUGCUGGCUAGAAGAUUAGGAACUUUUCAAAAAUCUACUAGCCCAGUUCGCACAACAUAUCCUCCCAUUUCAGUAGCCAGCUAUGGGCCUUUGAAACAGCAACAAAACAUUACUUAUUGUGGAGAACGGGGGUCUCCACAGAAAGCAGAAAGAAGUUCCUCACUGACUUGUGGGAUGCAACAUGAACACAGAGUGCCUUCACCUUUAUCUGUAAACUCUGUUGUAACAUAUGAAGAUGGCUGUGCAAGGUUAGAAGGUCCAGAUGAGCAAAGAACUUCUACAAGAGUGGACAAAGUGAGAUUUAAAAGUCCUGGGAGAGAUGACAUGAUGGUGAGAAGAACCAGAGCUUUUCUGAAACAGACGGGACCAAGUGUUAAACAGUUCCUCCCAGUUCCGUUCUCGAAGCAGCAGAAUGGUGAGGAAGCAGCUAAGGAGAUAGUAAAGACUGAAAAGAAAGUGAAGAGCACUGCUAUGACAGAUACAGUGGCUACUGGAAACAUACCAAAGCUUUGUGCAGAAAUUCCUGAAAAGCUUGUCGUGCCCCUUGGACCCAAACUGGAAGAAGACGCACACCGCUUCUCCGGUGGAAGGCAAGAAGCGGUGUCUUCUGAAAUGCCUAAAAAUGCGUUCGACCCUGACCAAGUCCAACCAGGAUGUUCUUCUGACACGCAGGAAGCUUUUGAAAAAAACAGCAAGGAAUUCCUGUCACUACAGGAUGAACAAAUACAAAUAUUCGGCUCCAGAACUGCUGUGUCUGAUGACGCAGAGAGCGUGAGCAUGUUUGACAUGAGAUGUGCAGAUGAGACCGCUGUGAUGCAGCCUCACAGCAAGGCUCACCAUGAAAAGUUACAAGCUAUUCACAACCAGCUGAAGGAGGAUGAAGAUCGGUGGCAGGACGAUUUGGCCCGAUGGAAGAAUCGCCGGAGAAGUGCUUCACAAGAUUUGCUGAAAAAAGAAGCUGAGAGGAAAAAAAUGGAACAGUUGCUGGCUGGAGCUGAGGGGUCCAGUGAACGAAGGAAAAGCAUCAAGACUUACAGAGAAAUUGUGGAAGAGAAAGAGAGGCGUGAGAGAGAGUUGCACGAAGCAUACAAGAAUGCCAGAUCACGUGAGGAGGCAGAUAGUAUUCUCCAACAAUACAUUGAGAGGUUCACCAUUAGUGAAGCUGUCCUUGAACGCCUGGAGAUGCCAAAAAUUCUGGAAAGAAGCCAUUCAGCAGAGCCAAAUUCAUCAUCCCCACCUAAGGACCCCAAUCCCCUGAGAUAUUUACGGCAACAAUCGCUCCCUGCCCCCAAAUACACUGCCAAGGUUGAAGCAACCAUCGCUCCCACUGGUGGAUUGGAAGUCAGCCUUUCAACAGGUUGCAGUUCUCCAAGCAAACCUUUUGUCUCUAAGGCUGUGCCUAUGCUGACCCCCAAGCCUUACUCACAGCCCAAAAAUACACAGCAGGUCUUCAGAACCUUUAAGGUUGAUGGAAAAGUCAGCAUGAAUGGAGAAACUGUCAAUGGGGUGGAGGAGGAGCAAGAGAGGGAACACACAGCAUUAAUAUUUGCCCCUUCGCCAAGUCGAUUGCCAAACUCAGACGGUGUGAUAGGAAUGGAUGGUGAGGCAGCAGAGGAGAAGCAAGACUCCACUAGUACCGAGCUUGUUCUGAAGAAACUCAUCGAACACAAUAAGCAUAGAGAGCAGACUCUUUUGAGUGGCAGAAGAUUAUGUGAAGAAAUGACUCCAUUAAAAAAGACAGAGGGUCCUUUGACUGAAGAAGGAAAACAAGUCAACCAAAAAGAAGAAACUGAUUCAGAAAGAUCGCCUUCAGUGGGAUUAGCUUCAGAACCCCAAGAAUUCAGCACACCAGUUUCCUGUGGCAGCUCUACAGUGACGAGUGAGGAGUACUCUUCCCUCAGUAAUAAUUUCAAGGAAGUGGGUUCAGAUGACGAGCUAAAGAAAACUGAAAGAUGGCAACAGAAGGAUGCAGAAGAACCAAUUUUUCAGAAGAUAGAAACCUUGGAAGCUUCUGAACAAGAUGGAGGCAUAGUAUUUCCGCAACUGAAGAAGGUUCCAGAGAUGAGCCAAGUAGUUUUGCAGAAUUCUGCUCCACCAGCUGAUGUUGGUAACCACGACAAGUCAAAUCGUUUCAGCUGCUGGUCUUGGGAUCCAGAAGAGGAGCGUAAGCGGCAGGAACGAUGGCAGCAUGAACAGGAGCGCGUACUUCAGGAAAGGUACCAGAAAGAGCAGGAUAAGCUGAAAGAAGAAUGGGAAAGAGCACAGAGAGAGGUUGAAGAGGAGGAGCGUAAAUACUAUGAGGAGGAACGCAAGAUCAUUGAGGAUACUGUGGUCCCAUUCACAAUUACUUCAAACUCUACAGAACCCUUAUCUACAUCUUCCUCUGUGACUGAUGGAAAUGGGAGCCUGAAUAUGAUGGAUAUGCACAACUUUGAAGAGGAAGAAAAGCAGAAGGAAGACAGAACAGUGAAAAAAUUAUUUUGUGAGAAAGAAGAUGGCACUUCCUUCUCAAAAAGCAAUGAAUAUGAACAAUGGAAGGAGAAUACGAGCAUGGUAAAUAAAAAAGGAUUUCCAGAAACCAGUUCUCAGAGAAGAAAUGAAUCAUCCCCAGUAUCAGAAUGUAUGCUGCCCAUCCAGAUGACAUUUCCUCUCUGUCAAGAUAUUGUACAGAAUCAGGCUAAACAGAGCCCACAUGUUUCAGAUGUCAGACAGAAAAAUUCACCGUUGGAACAUAAUUUAAGCUUGCCAGUCAGCUCGACAAGAGAAAUUAGGAGGGCAGGCUGUCAAGAGACCCCUAGAAUUGGGUCACCAUCACCAUGUUCUCCAUCAAUGCAAAGCCAGUCACCGAACAGGUCUGUCAGUGGAAAGAAGCUUUGCUCUAGCUGUGGACAGCCUCUCGGAAAAGGUGCUGCCAUGAUUAUCGAGACUCUUGGUCUUUACUUCCAUAUUCAGUGCUUCAAGUGUGGAAUUUGUAAGGGACAGCUUGGAGAUGCAGCAAGUGGUACAGAUGUCCGGAUAAGAAAUGGUCUUCUCAACUGCAAUGAUUGUUACAUCAGAUCCAGAACCGCUGGUCAGCCAACAACUUUGUGACAUGGCUCUCAGGCUUGCUUACGUAUGUCUUCUGCAAGAGGAACACUGCAGAAAAUAUUCUCCGAGCGCUUCUGGACAAUCGCAUAUAAGAGCUUAUUCUAUCCAUGGACUUCACAGCUCUCAUCUCAUCUUGAAAAGCUGGCAUAAAAAAGGCUACAUCAGCUACUUUCCAAUGCAAUAUAUUAUUUCCCUUUCAUAAUUCACUUACAUUAUAUGUAUGAAGUGCACCUCUGGACAUUUAGCUCCCUAUCUUCCCAUGAGAGCGUGAUUCAUAUUAUCAGUUAUGUUUGGUUUCAGAGUCUGGUGUUUUGUUUUGUUUUUUAAAUAACAAGGAAAUAAAGAUGCAAUAAACCUGUUUUAAUAUGAAUAGGAACUGAGAAUUUUAGAUUUAAACAACAUUUGUAGGUGUUCUAUAAUAUGCCAAUAUAUUAAUCUAAUUAGUUGCAUUUGACUGAAAAAAUAUUAAGCAGCAUCACAGAAAGCAAAAUUUCUGUUUAUUACUGGAGCUGUAAUCUUUUUUUAUACAAGAACUAGUUUGAUAAAACAUGCUGUAAUUCUGAAACAUUUUACAUUAUUACCUUCAGUGGAGGGUAGGAAUUCUGCAAAUAAAUUAUUGCACCUUCA